AUGUUCAAUCGAGACCGGGUUCCAGGUCUGCCUGGAAACUCACCCCGUCCACCUCAGCGCAACGACGGCUACGGACGACCCCCACAACAACAACCUCCAGCACAGCGAGGUCCAGAUACGAGGAUGGGUGGAUAUGACGACCGACCGCCUGCCGGCGCCCCGCCAGGUGCGCAGCGCAUGCCAGCAAGAGAACCACCGGGAGGAGGUGGUGGUGGUGGCGGCGGUGGAGGACCUGCGAGGCAAUUGCGGCCCAUUAAGAGCCCCGGAGGCAAUGCGUAUGCUUUUGGUAACAUCGUCGCAGUAUCUCCCCAGGACUUCCAAGCAAACCCGGACGGCUCCGACAUCUACAUAAUGGUCAAUGGAAAUUUUGCUCUCUCUGCAAGACCUACACAAGGCUGUGGACCAGGCGAAAUCGGACUCACAGACGCACAACGAACAUGGGCGGGUAUCUCACUUGGACCUCAGGAGGUUGUCACGGCAUCCCAAUACGAUCCCUUCAGUCACGGCGGCGGCAAAUCGUACCUAGGUUCCGUUGAAAUAGAAGUCGGAUUUGCGGGAAGAAAGACAACGGAGACGCCGUAUGACCAAGACGAGCUUGCAACUUUCUUCAAGAAGAGCUUCGAAAACCAGCUGCUGGCACCAGGCCAACAACUCCUUCUCGAUAUAAAGAAUAUACCACUCAGGAUGAUGAUACGAACUGUAACACUCGCAGACCUAUCUAUGGAAAAGGAGGAGACUGAUGCGCCAGCCAUUACCGAUCCACGCGCUCGUGGUAUCCUCACAAGACAUACCCAGGUCGACUUCUUCAAGGACGCUCGGACAGACAUCAAGUUGAAGGCAUCUGCGAGACGGGCGGCUGCAAACUCCAUCAUUCAGCCAGGAUUCAAGUUCGAGGACAUGGGCAUUGGUGGCCUGGAUACUGAGUUCGCUGCCAUCUUCCGCCGAGCUUUCGCAUCGCGCAUCUUCCCCCCAGGUAUCCGAGAGCGGUUGGGUAUUGAGCACGUGCGCGGAAUGCUUCUGUACGGUCCUCCCGGUACUGGCAAAACCUUGAUUGCGAGACAGAUAGGAAAGAUGCUCAACGCCCGCGAGCCCAAGGUCAUCAACGGUCCAGAAGUGUUGAACAAGUACGUCGGAGCUUCUGAGGAGAACAUCCGUAAGAUGUUUGCAGAUGCCGAGAAAGAGCAAAAGGAAAAGGGUGAUGAGAGCGGUUUGCAUAUCAUCAUCUUUGACGAGCUUGAUGCCGUGUGCAAGCAAAGAGGCUCCGGUGCUGGUGGUGGCACUGGUGUAGGAGACAGCGUUGUCAACCAGCUGCUGUCCAAGCUCGAUGGUGUCGAAGCACUGAACAAUAUCUUGCUUAUUGGUAUGACGAACCGUAUGGACAUGAUCGACGAGGCCCUUUUACGUCCCGGUCGUCUCGAAGUACAUUUGGAGAUUUCCCUUCCCGACGAAUCAGGUCGAGCCCAGAUUCUCAAGAUUCACACAACCAAGAUGCGCAAGAACAACGUUCUAGAGCCAGACGUCAGCGUCGAAGAGCUUGCAAAGCUCACAAAGAACUUUUCGGGGGCUGAAUUGAAUGGAUUAGUCAAAGCAGCUACGUCAUACGCCUUUGGUCGACAUCUCCAGGGUGGUACUACUGUCAAAGCAGACGUCGAGGACAUCAAAGUCAAGCGUGUAGACUUUUUGAGCGCCCUCGAUGACGUGAAGCCGCUCUUUGGUGUUGCCGAGGAGGAAUUAGGCAGGCGGUUACGACAUGGCAUUAUUCACUUUUCGCCUUUUAUCAAGGACAUCCUGGAAGAAGCACGACUGUACAUGAACCAGGUCAGGAAGCCAGAGUCAAGUCCGCUGUUGUCCGUUGCCUUGCAUGGACCCCCUGGGUCCGGGAAGACAGCAAUGGCUGCAAAGAUGGCCAUAGAUUCGGGAUAUCCAUUUAUCAAACUGAUAUCAGCCGAAGAUAUGAUCGGGUACAGCGAGAUGCAAAAGGUGCAACAGCUCGACAAGACAUUCAGAGACGCGUACAAGAGUCCGUUGAGUGUCAUUGUGAUUGACUCGAUCGAGUUGCUGUUGGACUGGGUACCAAUUGGACCCAGGUUCAGCAAUACCGUCUUGGCUGCGCUCAAGGUGCUUCUCGCCAAGGAGCCACCAAAGGACCGCCGUCUCCUCAUCUUCGCCACAACGACCGAGCGCUCGGUUCUCACUCAACUCGACCUCUUUGCCCGAUUCGAUGCUGAAAUCGCCGUCCCCAACGUAAACACGCAGGCGGAACUCGCAAACGUGUUGCGCGAAUCCGGCGCCUUUUCAGACCACGACCAGCAGCGUGCGAUUAGUGAGAUUGCGGAUAUCACCGGUAGCGCCGAGAUUGGCGUCGGCAUCAAGAAGAUUCUCACCGGUAUUGAGACGGCCAAGCAGGACCAGGAUGUGCCUGGUCGCUUUGCACGCGUCAUGUCACGCGCUAUUGCUGCAAACAGGGGAUCGUAGUCGUGCUGUGAUGUAGUUGUUUUCCGGUGUAGAAAGAUACUUUGGGGAUUUACCAGGACUUAGCUGUACUAGAAUUACGAGAUUAGAGUAUACCGUAGUCAUUCCAAAGCUAAAUAUACACUGCCAGAAGUCUGACCUGCUGUAUGUGGGUAUUGAUUCCAA